AUGGCACCUAAUUUCUUGAAGAGUCUUCGACGCCGGUCAAGAGCCAGCUUCCGCACGGAUCGUUCUACAGACACAUCGAGCGAAGGCGCCACCAGUAAUGGCGGCACUGGCCCGCCAAGCGGCUCUGCUACUCCUCCAUCGAUAGCUUACCAGUCCGACCCAGCUCUGCAUCUUCAGGUGAAGGAUGCUUCGGAUUCAAAAUCUUCUCUGGGUCUUUCUCAACAGCAGUAUGCACAGCCCCAGGCCCGGCCGCCUCUUACUCCGGCUGCCUUGUCGAAUCGCCAUAGCGUUUCAGGCAUGUCGGGUCUUGGAGCUCCUUCCAACCAUGGGAGACCAAACGCCCCUAUAUCGCAAUAUGCUCCGCGCAUACACAACGUACCCGAGAAUGCGUGGGUUUACCAAAAAGCCCUGCUUGUCCAUGGGUCAAUCGGCGACUCUGAACUUCACAACCACAGCCUUGAUGGUAGUCUUACCAUUACGAGGCUUGAUGACAACAUCCCCGCCACCAGCUGGCCUGUUUGCGAGUCCAGGUUCAAAGCGAUGAUCUAUCUGCAGCCCGGCCCCAACAAGCUCCGGUUUGACUUCAGUAGCCCGAAAUUGGCCAAUUCAACCACCUCGAACCCCAUUCAUGCUUCUUACCUUACCGUUCACAUGAUGCCGAAUACCAGUGCUCCUCCACUUCAACUCGCCAUCGUUUUAGGCAAGGACUCUCCAGGUGUCUUUGAUGCUCCUCCUGCGCGAGCUGAACGGGAAGGGAAUGGGCUGGACACAGCAGUCAGAAAGUUUCGUAUGGCUGCCUACCUUUGGCAAGCCUUCACGGCGGAGCAAAUGUAUAGACACAAGAUGGGGCGACGGGCAUUUAGAUUCGAAGAAGAGUGGACUUCCGGAACAGCCAACCACCGUGACAGAGAGUACGGCACCAUGCGAUCCGAAGCCAGAAUACACAUCAUUCGAUCUGAACGGAGCGUUGCGGAGCUGCGGGAUAUCGAUGUUACUAAUGAUAAGGAAGGCCUGCUAAGCAUCGUCGCGGAUGCUGUCAAGCAGUACUUUGACCCGCUACCGGGCCAGAAACAGUACGUGUCGGCUUUAUUACUCGACUCCCAUUGGGAUCCUGCGUCCAAGACCGUAACGGGGCAUGCUGCGUUGGGGGGUGCUGUUGGCGAUUUGAACCUUGCCGUCUUCGGGUCGCAUUGCUUAUACAGCUAUCCGGCCAGCAUCGAGGAGGUUGUUCCUGCCUUUACCGAUUGCACGCCUACUGAUAGCAAUCAUGUCUCCAACUGCAGUGAUUCCGGAAGCUCCUGGGAAGCCGCAAAUAUCGGAAUUGGUGGUCAUCUCCACGAAACCGGGCACUUAUUUGGAUGCCCACAUCAGGAAGGGGGCGUCAUGUUGCGAGAUUAUGUUGUGUUCAAUAGAAGUUUCGUGUCGCGCGAAGCCUACUCUACAAGAACCAAGACCAAGGGUGGCUUCUGCUGGACAGAUACUGAGUGUGAGUGGCAUCGAUUGGACUGUCUGAGAUUUCGCGCCCAUGCUGCCUUUAGGCUCCCAAACGAUAUUCCGAUGAACUUUGACGAAGGCGUUCAAGUUUUCCCGGCCGAUGGAGGUCAGUUGCUAGCCACAGCUGCAACUGGUAUUUCGUUUGUGGAGAUCUACUGCGAGGGGGAUGAUGUUUGUGGAACUUGGAUUGAAUGCCCGGCCGACGCUGGCCACAUUCAAAAGCAAAUUUCGUUGACUGAGGAAGACCUACGCAAGAGGCUCCCAGAGGCAAAGAGGAAAGCUGGUUUGAAGAUAGCCAUCAAGUCACAUGGUGGACAAUCGGUGGACGUUGACGAUUUUAUCGCAUUUGUCUCCAAGAAAUCAUCCGUUAAGCUGGAGAACAGCACUCUAGCCUUCCGCAGCAAACCAAUGGGCCAGCCAGAGAUCACGGAUGAUCAAUUCCAGGACAUGGCUUUUAUCAGUGCGACGAGACAGGAUAGGGUGCUGUCUCGUAUCAUUGUUUACUAUGGAGAGGCCGUUCACGGCCUUCAGUUCAUUUACGACGACGAAUCAUCGCAGCUUCUAGGCAUGAAAAGCGACGAAACCAAUGGAGAUGUUUUUGAUCUUGACGUUCGCCGCGGCGAGUACAUUAGUGGCUUUUAUGUCAGAGCAGGUCUCUGGAUAGAUGCUCUUCAAAUUUUGACAAGUUUGGGCCGGAAGUCGCCUGUGUUUGGCAAACCAUUUGGCGGCGACGGGUUAGUCCUGCUCAACCCCCUCACGAAUCCAACAACAUGGAUAUAG